GGCGGCGCGUGAUUGGCUGGGCGCCUGAGGUGCGCUGGGUGUCAUUCCCCGUGGGGGUCCCAAAUAGUGUCAGUGAGGCGGCGGCAGGUAUCUGCAAAGAAACAAUGGCGACAGAAUCUCCACGCCGCCCUAGUCGAUGUACUGGAGGAGCAGUGGUUCGUCCACAAGCUGUCACGGAACAGUCAUACAUGGAAAGCGUUGUUACAUUUCUUCAAGAUGUUGUGCCACAGGCCUACAGUGGUACCCCACCAGCAGAAGAAAAGGAGAAGAUCAUUUGGGUCAGAUUUGAAAAUGCAGAUCUAAAUGAUACAUCAAGGAAUAUGGAGUUUCAUGAAAUACAUAGCACUGGGAAUGAACCACCAUUACUGCUGAUGAUUGGCUACAGUGAUGGAAUGCAAAUCUGGAGCAUACCUAUCAGUGGUGAAGCUCAGGAACUCUUCUCCGUUCGCCAUGGUCCGGUUCGAGCUGCACGAAUCUUACCGGCUCCACAAAUCAGUACUCAGAAAUGUGACAAUUUCUCUGAGAAGAGGCCUCUUCUUGGUGUGUGCAAAAGCAUUGGAUCUUCAGGCACAAGCCCACCUUACUGCUGUGUGGAUCUCUAUUCUCUGCGGACAGGAGAGAUGGUCAAGUCCAUACAGUUCAAAACUCCUAUUUAUGAUCUGCAUUGCAAUAAAAGAAUACUUGUUGUAGUCCUGCAAGAGAAAAUCGCCGCCUUCGACAGCUGUACUUUUACCAAAAAAUUCUUCGUCACAAGCUGCUAUCCAUGUCCAGGGCCAAACAUGAAUCCUAUUGCGCUCGGAAGCCGUUGGCUUGCUUAUGCAGAAAAUAAGCUGAUCCGAUGCCAUCAAUCCCGUGGUGGAGCCUGUGGAGACAACAUUCAGUCUUACACUGCCACAGUCAUUAGUGCUGCCAAAACGAUAAAGACUGGACUUACAAUGGUUGGGAAAGUAGUUACCCAGCUGACAGGGACGCUGCCUUCGGGAGCAACCGAAGAAGAAAUUUUAGCUCAUAGCAACAUUCGUCGAAGUCCUCUGGUGCCCGGCAUCAUCACUAUUAUUGAUACAGAGACAGUUGCAGAAGGACAGGUACUUGUCAGUGAGGACUCGGAUAGUGAUGGUAUUGUGGCCCACUUCCCUGCACAUGAAAAGCCUAUUUGCUGCAUGGCUUUUAACCCUAGUGGGAUGUUGCUGGUCACUACUGACACAUUAGGCCAUGAUUUCCAUGUUUUUCAAAUACUGACACAUCCUUGGUCAUCAUCACAAAGUGCCGUCCAUCAUUUGUAUACACUUCACAGGGGAGAGACUGAAGCCAAAGUACAAGAUAUCUCCUUCAGCCAUGACUGUCGCUGGGUUGUGGUCAGCACGCUGCGGGGCACUUCCCAUGUCUUCCCCAUCAAUCCAUACGGUGGACAGCCCUGCGUCCGAACACACAUGUCCCCACGCGUGGUGAACCGCAUGAGCCGAUUCCAGAAGAGCGCAGGGCUGGAAGAGAUCGAGCAAGAGCUGACGUCUAAACAAGGAGGACGCUGUAGCCCUGUUCCAGGCCUGUCAAGCAGUCCUUCUGGCUCACCACUCCAUGGUAAAUUGAACAGCCAAGACACUUACAAUAACUUCACAAACAAUAAUCCUGGGAACCCUCGACUCCUGCCUCUUCCAAGUUUGACUGUGGUGUUGCCUCUUGCUCAAAUCAAGCAGCCAAUGACAUUAGGGACCAUCACCAAACGCACAGGCAAAACCAAACCAGCUCCACAAAUUUCACCCAGUAAGUCUAUGGGAGGAGAGUUUUGUGUUGCUGCAGUCUUUGGAUCAUCAAGGUCAUGGUUUGCAAACAAUCCAGGGCUGAAAAGAGAAAAAGAUCAAUCGAAACAGUUUGUAGUGGAGUCACUGUAUAUUAUCAGCUGCUACGGCAGCCUGGUGGAGCACGUAUUGGAACCACGUCCACUCAGCACCGCUCCGAAGAUUAGUGAUGACACACCCUUGGAAAUGAUGACGUGCCCAAGAGCCAGCUGGACUUUGGUUAGAACUCCUCAGUGGAAUGAACUCCAACCACCAUUUAAUGCAAACCAUCCACUGCUCCUGGCUGCAGAUGCAGUACAGUACUACCAGUAUCUUCUUGCUGGCUUGGUUCCACCAGGAAGCCCUGGACCUAUCACUCGACAUGAGUCGUAUGACAGCUUAGCGUCUGACCACAGCGGACAAGAGGAUGAAGAGUGGCUUUCACAGGUUGAAAUAGUGACUCACACCGGGCCUCAUCGACGCCUGUGGAUGGGCCCCCAGUUCCAGUUCAAAACAAUUCAUCCCUCUGGCCAAACCACUGUCAUUUCAUCCAGUUCGUCAGUGCUGCAGUCGCAUGGUCCCAGUGACACCCCGCAGCCUCUUCUGGACUUCGAUACAGAUGAUCUUGAUCUCAAUAGUCUCAGGAUUCAGCCAGUUCGUUCAGAACCUGUUAGCAUGCCGGGGUCAUCACGUCCGGUUUCUGAUCGCAGAGGAGUUUCAACAGUGAUUGAUGCUACCUCAGGUGCCUUUGACCGGAGCGUGACCUUGCUGGAGGUGUGUGGGAGCUGGCCCGAGAACUUCGGUCUCCGCCACAUGUCUUCCAUGGAGCACACUGACGAGGGCCUCCGGGAGCGCCUGGCCGAUGCGAUGUGCGAAUCCCCCAGCAGGGACAUAGUGGGAUCAGGAACAGGUACAAAGAAGAGGUGUGAUCAGAGAUCACGUACAUCUCACCCAAUGAGCUUCAGCGAGAGGGAAGCAUAGAGACGCUCAGUAACAGCUCCGGUUCCACCAGCGGAAGUAUUCCACGCAAUUUUGAUGGUUACAGAUCACCCCUCCCGACUAACGAAAACCAGCCUCUCAGCCUUUUCCCCACAGGAUUCCCGUAAAUUAGUCAAACAUACAAGGAGAGAUCAAGACAGGGUAACAAGCUGUCUCUCUGCCUAAACAAUCUUGAUAUGUCUGUCACCCGCCAGUUAGCUGCUGUGCUGGAUGGUUCUCGUUACCCUGAUAAAUAUUGACGACUCUUCCGCGUAAACCUUCCUGGAACGUACUCACAAAGUCUUGACUUUGUUUUCCUGUGCAAUAUGAAGAGACUCUGUCUUCAGUCCCGAUAGCUCUGCGGCUUCUUUUUUUCGCUGUGUUCAGGAGGAGUUUGGUUGAGAAGAAAUCUUUCUAAGCCACUUUCGGUCAAGCAUAUGGUUUCACAACCGUUCUCUGCUUUUUUGUGCUCAGAGGCAAAGGGAAUCUCGGUAACGUGUGGUGCAAGCGCCAGCCAGGAGCUCCAGCCGCCUGCAAAAGUGCCGAGCAUUAACGAAUGAACUGGAGAGAGUGCAAAUUCAAGGACUUUCUGUGGACAGGGUUGAUCAUGUUAUUCCUUCCUUGUUGCGUCUCCUUGCUGCCCUCCUUCCCCUCUAGAUUCAUCAAUGCCAGGAGUAUUACAAAUGGAAAUGUUUCUUUUUGUUCUACGGAAGAAUUCUCUGUUGCUCCAGUUUUACUCUAGUCAUGUAUUUUAGAAACGUACUUAAUUGACUAACUGCAGUCACAGAUUUCUCAUACUUGGUUAUAAAAGUUGUUCGCUGGAACUCGGAUAUCUGUCCAGAAAUGCAUGUGUCAUUGAAUAAAUCUAAGUUAAACAAGAAACUACUUAAAUGUCAGUGUUCACGGAGUAUUACUGGGCUACCCCUGUGUUUCGUAGAUCUUCCUGGACCAAACACUAUGUGCAUAUUUACUAACCGAGGGAUUUAAUUAAAGCCAUCAGUGGAUGUUAUUCAGCCAGUCUGGCUUGGUUUUGCAUCCCUGUGUGUAAGAACUCUUCAAAUGUAAACGGUUUUUUACAGUGAAAGAUUUAAAUGGUGUUCCUUGCACCAUAGCUCUGCACCUCUGGAAAUCAGCACCCACAUGUGUAUGUAGGUGUCCAAGCUGUGCCUAUUACACUGCCUGCUUGUCCUGCUGCUUCCCAUGAGCCAAGGACCAGGUGCUCUGGCAGCAGAGACGCCCACCUAUGUUUGCUGUACUGCAGGUUCAUGUGUAAGAGGCUUUUGAGAACCCUGCAACAUCCUGCACUCGUAACACCAUGCUGAGUGCGCACCGCCAGAGCUGCACGGCUCUCCCUGAGGCAGUGACGGGCUCGCACAUAGUAACCACAUGAAUUUCUACAUCUCAGCCAACUUGUGUUGGGAAGCAGAAAGUGAGGUGGGACUGUCAGCUUAUGAAAUUUCCUUCCCACUGCUUGUUUUUAAUAGAAGCCGUUUGAGUCAUGGAAAUGAGAGGAAACUAUCUAAACCCACAAAUCUUUUUGCACUCUUGAAGCUUACACCAGCCACACUGACUGGUGCAGGACUGACCACCCUCUUCCUACUCCGUCCCCAAACACCAAAUAUCAAAUUCAGUCUUGGGCUUGAUUUCUUUUUAUUUUUUUUAACUGUAAUGCCAUGCCUCAGAUCUCAAGCUUUUUUUUUCUCUCUCUCUCUUCAGGCUUGCAAACCACUAAUAAAAACUGAGAGUCU